AGCACCGCGCAAGACGCACUGGCAGUGUCGAUAAUCGUAAGCUGCGCUUUUUCACGUUCGUGCCUCCCCGACGAAUACCCAGUGAAGUUCGUUCGCAAUCGGGCUGUAUUGGCUGGGUGGUGAGUUCGCACGUGGUAAGUGGAGUGUGCACGCGCGCGUCACACACGUCGUCGAUCCACGUAUUUUCCGUCCCGGUGUAUAGUGGUGCUGCUUGAUCGAACGUAAGCGGACGGGCACGGAGAUCGAGAGAAGAAAUAAAAAAGAAGGAACACGGGUUCGAAAAGGCGACACGCGCGAAAAAGAAACGAUCGGGUGAACGGAACAGAAAGAUCGGGGACAAGAUACGAAAUUGCGAGAGCGACCGAAGACUAAGCUGAAUAAAGAGGGCCAAAAGCUGGGUAAGAAGAGGGAAGAGGACAACGAUAGAAAUCUCAUUUCGACGAGUAACUAGCCGGGAGCAAGAUGAGCUGCUGUACGAGUGCUCCGAUUGUAACUCAAACCUGUGAGACUCUUCUGAGCAAGUGCGAAGUGCCGAUCAUCGACCUCGCUCACAUGGGGACUGAGAGAUGUCCUCAGAAGGGUGUCGUGAAGCAAGUGGCUUCGAAGCUGCUAAGGGCGCUGUCCGAGAAAGGACUGGCCUUGCUCGUCAACCACGGCAUUCCGGAAUGCAAGAUGAAGGCUGCUUACAGAGCUUUCGAUGCAUUUUGUGAGCUUCCAGAUGAGGUACGAGUCAAAUACGAGCGUGCCACGCCGAACAAUUACGGAUAUGUGAAACCAGGACCGUCAACAUACACCGAUGAGAAAGAAGCUCGACAUGUUUUCAAUGUCACCGGAUGUGGAGGGACUCUUCCGGACGAAGAGGUGCCUGGUUUCAGAUCGGCGGUCGAUGAACUUGCUCGAGAUUUCAAACAACUGUCCGCCAUGCUUUUAACUGCUCUGGCCGUGGGCCUAGAGCAAUCCCCUGAUUUCCUGCUCUCGAAGCAUUCGCAUAUGCUGGGACCUGGAAACGAGUCAACCCUACGUCUUCUUUACUAUCCACCUCUUGGUGCACCGGCGCCAGGAUUGGCACGUUGUGGCGCUCAUUGUGAUUAUGGAACUUUCACUUUGUUGGCACAGGAUUGUGAGGGAGGCUUAGAAAUACAAACUCCAUAUGGGGAACGAUGGGGAAGAGUUGGUCAUCUUCCAGGUGCUAUUUUGGUAAAUACUGGCGACAUAUUGGCGAAUUGGACGAACAAUCAACUUCCAGCAUUGAGACACCGAGUUGUUGUACCAGAACUUUAUGGUCGAGGUCGUCAUUCCAUUGCAUUUUUCGUGCAUCCGGAUAAUAAUACUCCCAUUGAGCCUUUGGAUACAAAAAUUGGGAAGGCGAAUCAAGAAUCGGCACCGUGCCGUUUACAGAAAAAGAAACGUGGUGUUUUGACUGCGUAUCAGCAUCUUCAACGUCGUCUUCGAGAAACUUAUGCCUCUUAACAUUAUUGAGACAGUUACACCUUUGUGUUUUUGGAUCAAGACAUCUUUGAAAGAUUACCGUUAAAACUUGCGUUAAAAAAACCUGUAAUUUUGAGUAUCAAAUGAACAUGAUAAAUUUAUAUGAUUCUAAAAUAUUACAGGAUUUCUUUAAAAAACUAAUAUACAGAUAAGAAAUAAUAAUCGAUCAUUAAUUGUGAUUCGAUUGUCCGCUCAUAUCUGUUUCAAACAAAAACAAGUUCCAUUGAUAACGUGUAAGAACUGCAUUGUUGCAUCACAAGGGCAAUAAUAAAGAAAUUUGUACUUACAUUUUGUAAAA